CGGUCGCACUGCGCUCUUAUGUCGGAUCCAACACGGACUGCCUUUGCCCCUCUCUUCCAGGAAACUACUCCGUGGCGCUUUUCUAAUUGGGUUGAUUAAAACUCUGAAUAAAUUACCGACUGGAGGACCUUUGAAGCUUUUGAAUAGCCGCAAGCGACAACAAAAGAGAACAAUACACAAGGAACCGCGGUGCCCCAGACUCACUGGAGCCACAUGCAACUUGUGAGACGCUCCCAAGACGCAGUGCCUCCUCCGAUGAAUCUCUGAUCGCUGCGUCUUGGGGGAGAAUCGUCAGAACUUUUUUUUUUUCCUCACUCUGUGGACUUUUCUUCGGCUCAGUGUUGCUCCAGCGCUGCCCUAGAUAGAGGAGGCUCUUCCUGGGCAGCUGUGUCCUGCCUCCCUCCUCCUCCUCCAUCUCUGCUUCCUGUCCUUGAACUCACCACCACCACGCCUCUCCUCCUUUUUGCUCUCCUGACGAUCCCUGAUACAGCUUGGGACUUUUAUUGUGCUUCUGUUGGAACUUUUUUUUUUUUUUUUUUUUUUUUUUUUUUUUUUUUUUUUACAUAUUUUGUUUAACUGUUUUCAUUUUUUGGAUUGCCAACACCACAAUCUCAAACACUUAUUUUACCUUUCUCAACUGUAGAUGACGACCCAUACAUUACAGCUUGUCUGGCAUUGAAGACAUUAUCUGAAAGUGCUGUGAAAAUUUAUCCAAAUUUCAAAUUAAAAUUGUAAUACUUAAUUCAGUAAAUAAUAGUUUCAAUGCUAAGUCUAGGAGUGGUCUAAAAGGAGGACAAGACAAGAACUCUGCCAAGACUAAAACCAGGUCUAAACCAGGCCUCAAAGUGGGACUGACCCCAGCCUGAAGGACUUCCCAAAACGAUCUUAAGCACGGCUUCAGUCUCCUUGGUGGUGUGUUAAACCAUGACUUCAAUGUCGAGCCUGUUUUCCUUCACGAGCCCAGCGGUGAAGCGUCUCCUCGGGUGGAAACAGGGGGAUGAGGAGGAGAAGUGGGCGGAAAAAGCUGUGGAUGCUCUGGUGAAGAAGCUAAAGAAAAAGAAAGGAGCGAUGGAGGAUCUGGAGAAGGCUCUGAGCUGCCCUGGACAGCCCAGCAAAUGUGUGACCAUCCCACGAUCAUUGGAUGGACGGCUGCAGGUAUCCCACAGAAAAGGUCUUCCUCAUGUAAUUUACUGCAGAGUCUGGAGGUGGCCCGAUCUUCAGUCUCACCAUGAACUCAAACCUCUGGAGCUGUGUGAGUUUCCCUUUGGCUCCAAACAAAAGGAAGUCUGCAUCAACCCAUACCACUACAAGAGAGUGGAGAGUCCAGUGCUGCCCCCGGUUUUGGUGCCCCGUCACAGCGAGUUUAACCCUCAACACAGUCUCCUGGUUCAGUUCAGAAACCUGACUCAUAACGAACCGCACAUGCCUCUAAACGCCACAUUUCCAGAGUCCUUCCAGCCUCCGCACAGCGCCGGCAGCAGCAACAUCUCCCCCAACUCCCCCUAUGGACCCCCCUCCCCGGCAAGCAGUGGGACGUACCCCAACUCCCCUGCCAGCUCUGGCCCUGCCAGCCCCUUCCAACUGCCAGCGGACACCCCUCCCCCCGCUUACAUGCCUCCUGAUGAACAGUUGGGGCAGGAGACUCAGUCCAUGGAGACCAGCAGCAGCCUGGUGCAGCCCAACAUCGCUAGAGGAGACGUGCAGCCGGUGGAGUACGAGGAACCAUCUCAUUGGUGCUCCAUCAUGUACUACGAGCUGAACAACAGAGUGGGAGAAGCUUACCAUGCUUCCUCCACCUCUGUGCUUGUCGAUGGCUUCACUGACCCCUCCAACAACAAGAACCGCUUCUGUCUGGGGCUUCUGUCCAAUGUCAACCGAAACUCAACCAUUGAGAACACACGCAGACACAUCGGGAAAGGAGUACACUUGUACUAUGUGGGUGGUGAGGUUUACGCAGAGUGCCUCAGUGACACCAGUAUCUUCGUCCAGAGUCGAAACUGUAACUAUCACCACGGCUUCCACCCAACAACAGUCUGCAAGAUCCCCAGCGGCUGCAGCCUCAAGAUCUUCAACAACCAGGAGUUUGCUCAGCUUCUCGCACAAUCUGUGAACCACGGCUUUGAGGCGGUCUACGAACUCACCAAGAUGUGUACUAUACGCAUGAGCUUUGUCAAGGGCUGGGGCGCUGAAUACCAUCGGCAGGAUGUGACUAGCACCCCCUGCUGGAUCGAGGUGCACCUUCACGGGCCUCUGCAGUGGCUCGACAAAGUUCUGACACAGAUGGGCUCUCCUCUCAACCCCAUCUCCUCUGUGUCCUAAUGCACACUGCCCCCUAGCUCUGUCCUAAUGCACAGCACUACAAAGCCCUCUCCUGUUUUAAUUUAAAGUCCUCCCGGACUGAACUGUUUACACAAAUGAGACUUUUGAGAGGAGGACAUCAACAUCAAGUAGAAUGGAACAGAAAACAUGACUAUGAACUUUAAAGCCUGACAACAAUCUUAUUCGUCAAGCGUGAAUUUUAACUUUUUUAUUUUUCCUUCAAAUAAUUUCAUGUGUGUAGUUUUUAUUGAAGCAGGACUUUCACAAAUUGUUAUGUCCACAGUGAAUCCUCUGCUCCUCUGACCCUUGCCUCUGUAUCCUCUGUUCCAUCUGACCCUCUCCUCCUCCCUCACAUCCUCUGUUCUCAUGCAAACUAUUUAUCCACCAAAUCCAUACAUCUAUUUGGUCUUCCUUCAGAUAUAACUACCUUUCUGAGUACAAACAAUUGAACACUGUUACACUUUUCUCACAUGUUUAAACAUACAUUGAUGUUUUAUUGUUGAGAUUUCUGUCUUGUGUAUAACAUUUAUGGGAGACUAUAUUAACUUGUCAUAAACUAACUUUGUUUUGGACUAUUCAUCAUUGCAAUUUAUGUAUAAAAUUUCCCUUUUCAAUAGCUUAUUCCUAAAUUUGGAGAUACAAUUUUAAAAGGAUUUGUGGAGCGUAAGGCAUUAUGUCCAUAAAGUUUGUCAUUAUCACAGUGAAAUAA